AUAAAUAAAAUCCUCUUCCGGUAGCAAAUUGAGAUACAUCGUCACAGCAACAAUGGUAGCGUCAGCUCUCUCGGCGUCCGUGAGCUUCUCCGUUUCUUCUCACCGCCGGAGCCCCUUUAGUUCCUUGUUUUCUGACAGACACUCUACGAGCUCGGUCGUCUCUUCCUUGCAAAUUCCACACGGGAAUUCUCUGGCGACUGGAUUGUCCAGUAGAGCUACUGGGUUAGCAAUAAAGCAUGGCGAGAAGAAUUUAGUUGAUUCUUAUCCAAGAACAAUCGCAGCCAAAAGCAAUAAUCCACCCAUAAUGCCAGCAGUCAUGACUCCAGGGGGACCUUUGGAUCUCACUUCUGUGUUACUGAGGAAUCGCAUAAUAUUUAUUGGGCAGCCGAUCAAUUCCCCGGUGGCUCAGCGAGUUAUAUCUCAACUUGUGACUCUAGCAGCUAUUGAUGAAGAUGCAGAUAUUCUGGUAUAUCUGAACUGCCCUGGUGGUAGCACCUACUCUGUAUUGGCAAUUUAUGAUUGCAUGUCGUGGAUAAAGCCUAAAGUUGGCACAGUAUGUUUUGGGGUGGCUGCAAGCCAGGGAGCACUUCUUCUUGCCGGUGGAGAAAAGGGGAUGCGCUAUGCAAUGCCCAAUGCACGUAUUAUGGUACAUCAACCACAAAGCGGAUGUGGGGGUCAUGUGGAGGAUGUGAGACGCCAAGUAAAUGAAGCAGUUCAAUCUCGCCAUAAAAUUGACAAAAUGUAUGCUGCUUUUACCGGUCAACCGCUUGAGAAAGUGCAACAGUACACUGAGAGGGAUCGUUUCUUAUCUGCUCCUGAGGCGUUGGACUUUGGUCUUAUUGAUGGUAUCUUGGAAACUGAAUAUUGAAGUCACACAUGCCUAAGAUGGUGAGGUGCUCUUACAUACAGCAAUUUGUUCCAUCGUUGUUUCUGAAGAAGUUUGCUAGAGCGACCGUAAUGUGAAAAUCAAUAUGACAAUGAGGUUGAGGAACCCAACAUGUUAUGCUGUUGGUUAAUGAUUUUGGAGAAUUGGAGAGCUCAAUGUAACAAGUUGUUAUUGUUCUUUCUACAACCUCUUGAAACAUGAAUUAGUAGUUAACUAGUUAUCAGUUGCAUCAUUGCAUUUCACAUCCAACGGUGAAAUGAUGUUUUCAUUACUGUUCUCAUUCCUCUUAAGGAAUUGUCACAUUUGGUUUAAACUUUAAAGUCAGAGCUCUUGUUAUCUAUGAACUGGAUACUUGAUCAA